ACUGCAGGUUGAUCAACGUAUCUCAUCAAUGGACAAAAGUUAAUAUGUAAUAGUUAACUGUAAUGCUGUUUAGUAAAAUGAUCUGGAUCAUCUCUAAUUCCAGUUGAUCGACAAGAAGCGUGGGAAUAUUGUCAACGACCAUGGACAAUUUCCACUUCAGCAUGGCGUACAGCUUCAUCGGUCAGUCCCGACGGGAGGGGAGUGCCACCAGCAUAAACACCAGGGCCAGUCUUGAGCGUGCGCAUACGAUGAGUGUGGUUCGUGAGUUGAAGCGGUCGUCAAAAGCACCACCUUUACCCCGCGGGAAGGAUUUCCAUGUGUUCUUCUGUUUCCACCUUGGAGUUCCGGACAAAGACUGGGUCAAGGUCGUAUCGAGAGAACUUGAAUACCUUGGCUAUAAGUGUUGUGUGUUCGAACGAGAUUUUGAACCAGGGAUUUCAAUAUCUGCCAACGUUAGGAAUGCGCUGGAAAAAUCCGUCAGGACCAUAGUCGUGUUGUCCUCUUCUUACAUCAACAAGGAAUGGCAUCAGAUGGAACUGGAAUAUAUGGCACACGGAGCGGGAGAAAUCAGUUUCGUCCCGAUUCUGAUAGAGCCAUGUGGCAUCCCACCAUUUUUGAAGUACUUUCAGUACAUCAAUGCCACAGGCGCCAAGGAGACUUGGUGGCGACACUUGGUGGACACUCUUAGAGGCUCGGCGCCAACGCUGCCACCGCGAAAAAGAUACCACGUACUGAUUGCACACAAUAUGGCAGAUACCGCUUGGGUGUCAAAGAUUGUAAAGACUUUAGAAUCUCCAAAUGUGGGAUUGAUUUGUUGUUAUCCAGGGAGGGACUUCAAACCUGGUUCUCCAGUGAUAGAGAACGUUGAUCAUGCUAUCAAACGAUCGGUUAAAAUCGUUUUAGUAUUAUCACAAAAUUUUCUAAAGUUAGAAUGGAAAAAGUAUUACGACGGACGGAUGAGAGGCAGACGUCCGAUUCCAGUACUGUUGAACAAUUGUGAACUUCCGCCAUCCCUCGAGGAUAUUGUCUGCAUUGACACCCAGUCCGAGAAGGAUCUUUGGUGGCCAGUGUUUCUUGGUGCUCUCACGGAAGAAGAUCCGGUAAAUGAUGAUGCUGUAUCAAGUAGCAGCAAGUCCGUAGUUUCCCGACAAACAGAUAAGAGAUGAGUACAAGGAUAGACGGGCUGAUUUCUCCGACAAAGAUCCCCCGAGUUACAUCAGACAGCGCAUUUGUAUAUAUUUGUACAUAUCUAUACAGAGAGUGUGUACAUUGUAUAUAUAUUUAUAUAGACUUUAUAUAUAUAUGUACAGAGAUAGUAUGUAAAUAUUUAUGUAAAGAUAAUAUUAUAAUCAAUAUUGAAUUUGAUUGAAUGUAACUUUAAGUGGAACAUUAUCUGAAUAAAUUAACUUAUAUUGA